GCCAUGGCCUGGGCGCUGAAGCUGCCGCUGGCCGACGAGGUGAUCGAGUCGGGGCUGGUGCAGGACUUCGACGCCAGCCUGUCGGGCAUCGGCCAGGAGCUGGGCGCCGGGGCCUACAGCAUGAGCGACGUCCUGGCCCUACCCAUCUUCAAGCAGGAAGAAUCGAGUUUGCCCCCUGAAAACGAGAACAAAAUUCUGCCCUUCCAGUACGUGCUGUGUGCGGCCACCUCCCCUGCUGUGAAGCUGCACGAUGAGACGCUCACGUAUCUCAACCAAGGGCAAUCGUAYGAAAUCCGGAUGUUGGAUAACAGGAAGAUCGGGGAGUUGCCAGAGAUCAAUGGGAAGCUGGUGAAGAGCAUAUUCCGGGUGGUUUUCCACGACCGGCGCCUGCAGUACACGGAGCACCAGCAGCUGGAGGGCUGGAGGUGGAACAGGCCUGGCGACAGGAUACUCGACAUAGAUAUCCCAAUGUCCGUGGGGAUCAUCGAUCCUAGAGCAAAUCCAACACAGCUCAAUACAGUGGAGUUUCUGUGGGAUCCUACAAAGAGGACRUCAGUGUUUAUCCAGGUUCACUGCAUCAGCACGGAGUUCACCAUGCGGAAGCACGGAGGAGAGAAGGGGGUGCCCUUUCGCGUGCAGAUCGACACCUUCAAGGAGAAUGAGAAUGGGGAGUACACGGAGCACCUGCAUUCUGCCAGCUGCCAGAUCAAGGUCUUCAAGCCCAAAGGAGCCGAUAGGAAACAAAAAACGGACAGGGAGAAGAUGGAGAAGCGAACGCCUCAUGAGAAGGAGAAAUACCAGCCUUCCUACGAAACGACAAUACUCACUGAGUGCUCUCCCUGGCCGGAGAUAACGUACGUGAACAACGCRCCGUCCCCCGGCUUCAACAGCUCCCACAGCAGCUUCUCCAUUGGGGAAGGGAAUGGCUCCCCAAACCAUCAGCCUGAGCCGCCGCCGCCGAUCGUGGAUAACCUCUUGCCGACCAGCACGCCCCAGGAGGCCCAGCAGUGGCUGCACCGGAACCGCUUCUCCACUUUCUCCCGGCUUUUCACAAACUUCUCAGGUGCGGAUUUACUGAAGCUGACUAGGGAAGAUGUUAUCCAGAUCUGUGGCCCCGCAGAUGGCAUCAGGCUCUUCAAUGCAUUGAAAGGACGGAUGGUGCGRCCCAGACUGACCAUCUACGUGUGCCAGGAGUCGCAGCAGCUGCGCGAGCUGCAGCAGCAGAAGCCCGAGGACGGCGACGCGGCCGGCAGCACGUUCUUCGUGUACCACGCCAUUUACCUGGAGGAGCUGACAGCGCUCGAGCUGACCGAGAAGCUGGCCCAGCUCUUCAGCAUCUCCUCCCGGCAGAUCAGCCAGAUUUACAAGCAAGGCCCCACGGGGAUCCACGUGCUGAUCAGCGAUGAGAUGAUACAGAACUUCCAAGAUGAAUCAUGUUUUGUUCUGGACACCAUGAAAGCUGAAACCAAUGACAGCUACCACAUCAUCCUGAAAUAGGAGGGGACAGGAGGAGGGCGGAGCGCGCUCGCUACCGCGUGCACCGAGCCCUGUUGCUUACAGCGCGAGGACACGAGCGGAGAUCUGCACGUCGCCGGGCACCUCCUCCAAAGCCCCUGACCUGCUGGUUCCUCCGCCRGCCUCUCUYGCGGGCGACGGCGCUCGAGCCRCCGCGGUGGCAACGGCUGCAGCGCUGCAGCCUCCGCUUUGCCGGCCGCGCUCACGGAGCCRUCGGCAGAAAGGCCCGAGAGCAGCRUCAGGGCUUUUCCGCCGCAGAYGUGCCCCGCUUUUCCAAGGGGCAUCGGCUCCCGUCGCCCUCAAAGACUCGUGAGCGAACAUUGAUUAAACCGACCCGACAAACACUUUCUGUCUGGCACGUGCCGAGCUGAGCAGGUCUCAAAUGUGCUGCGUACGGCAUUGAUGGAGGGCUAGGCCAGGGCUGGGGGCAGGGAGGGGGGAUUUUUAAAUUCUUUUUUUAAGCUUUCCUUUAGUACUACAGUGCAUCUGUCGGACACAGAUGGGGACUUUGUUUUCUCCUCUCUGGCCACCCCAAAGGUGGUGGCGACUUGGUGCGCGGCUGUGGGCRCGCUCCAACCUUCCCUUGCCAGUGCUGAGGUUCUCAGCGACUCUGUAUCCAGGUUGAGCUGGUAUGGUGCGUGCAGUCAGAGCAAAACAUGAAGCGAAGUGAAAUCAGAUAAAGAAAUAGCUAAUUAGUGUGGUCUGUGGGAUUUUUUUUUCUGCAUGUUUUAAGGGUUUUGAGGGAAAGGAAGGAAGAUGUAGGUGUCCUGGAUGAAAAUGGGAGUGGUAGCUGCAUGCGGACUUGCAUUCUGCCCUGGCAUCCCCCUGRCCAGCACUUCUCGAGCCCUCUGUGUGCUGAGGAAGAGUGAGACAAAUCAGAAGGCUUGGGCCGGACUSCUGCACGUGACGGUGACGCAGGUGCUGACGCGCAGGGGGCCAGGAC